AUGAUUAUUCGUUGAAGAAAGAUGAAGAAUGAUGAAGCCAGAGCACCAUUAAUGGUUGGAAAUCUGAAAGUUCAAACCUCAAUAAGAAUUAACGCUUCACCACUUCGUCCGUGUUCAGUGUUCCAACAAGGCAACAACUCAAACGUUGUCAACUGUUUGUUGAGGUUUCAUCAGCUUCUUCCAAUCAAUAUACUCGACCUAUCUCUCCUUGCUUCUCUGUUAAUUAAUAAUGGGUUUGGAGUUGUUCUUUUGGCUUAUCAUUUGUUUCCCUUUCCACAUCGCUUUUUUAGCCUCCACGUUCUACCAGGUUUUGAUGCUGACUGACUUAGAAGCCGAUUUUAUCAACCCAUAUGAUGCUUCAUCAAGGAUUAAUUACUUCAUCGUUCCUGAGUUUAUUGGGCAGGGAUUGUUGUGCGCUUUCUGCCUUUUAACAGGUCACUGGAUCAUGUUUUUGAUGACGGUUCCUGUUACAUGCUACCAUGUGAUGCUGUACAUGAAACAGCAGCAUCUCAUCGAUGUUACUGAAGUGUUUAGAGUACUUAACUCUGAGAAGAAAUUUCGCUUGGCCAAACUUGCGUAUUACUUAACAAUCAUCAUUAUAACUGUCUUCAGGCUUGUAUUGAUGCUUGUCAACUAUUUAGAUUUUGAAGAUGAAUGAUGUGCACAAACCUUUGAAUUCCCACUACCGACUUCACCACUGUGGUUUAAGGUGGUGCUUCUUUUUCGUCUUAUCCUUUUUUUUUUGUUAUUAAUUCUUUUAUGAAGGUGUGAUUGAGUCCCAUAGCAUAGGAUUUAGAACAUAAAUUCACAGCUCUAAGAAACAGAAAUCCGUCACUAAUUUGAACGAGUAUUGCCAACUAAGGUAUGUCUGUAAUUAUUUGAAUCCUGUUAGUCAUUCUCUCUUAAAAUAGCUUACCAACUAAUUUUUAUGGUAACUGAUAAUUAAGGAAUUAGAAAAUGGUAUUUGGGGUGAUUUGAACAUUGAA